UUGGCUUCAUCAUCAUAUUUAACACACCCACCCAGAUUCACACAUGCUACAAGAGGUACGUUCUCUCUCUCUCUCACCCGCGUUACACUCCCAGAGGCUGGCCGGCCCCGCGGGGGGAAAUUCUGUCUCCUGCUACCUGUGAAAAUCACUCGCCUCGGGUGAUUAGUCGGGAGUCGAUGUGACAGAAUUACGCAUCGUGGAUCGCUGCGGUUUGAAUGAGAGCGCACAUACUUUCCAGCGGGACUUUCCUUGAAAAAAAAUCCCAUUUGUGAAUGUGAAGUGCUGCACUUCUCGUGUAUUUAUUUCCGGGGCUUCAGCUGCUGGUUCCCUCCUGCGCAGGAUCGAGGUUGGACGGUGAGACCGAUGCGCGCAGUCGGAGCUCUUGGACUCAUUUUUUUUCUCGCUGCCGCUUUUGGAUUCUACUCACUUCUCCGCGUUCCUCCCGAAAUAUUGGACAGGAGAGAGCAAAGCGGGCCAGCGUGAAGAGGAUGAGGCUUGCGCAAACCGACCGCUGGUCUGAACCGACUCGACCUGUUCUACCUGGACUCUUGCGGAUGAUUUUGCGCUUCUGAAAUCUCGCCCUUAAAAAAACAAAGAACAAAACAAAACAAAAAAAACGAAUUCGCGAACCAGGCAGGACUCUGAUGUUGAAAAUACAAAGGUUGAACACUGAAUCCUUUACUCAAGACGGCCAGUGAAGAUGGGUCCUACUUGUUUAAUGUAUAUUUCAUUAGAUUGGCGUCCAGUCUAGUCAACAUCAUCAGCGAUGUAGUCAGCCUGUUCAUCUGCGUGCUCAUCAUUUGCAGUAAAUACUCACAUCUGCUCAAACGGGAGACCAUGAAGAUGAUCCUCCUGCGCAAAUUUCGGGUUCUGAUCCUCAUGGUGUUCCUCAUUGCGUGCUCCAUGCACAUAAUGAUAGACUUGUUACCCAAGCUGGAGCGCCACGGCAACAGCGGCUGCUCCUGCUCGCACACGCCGAGCCAGGAGCCCCAGAGCUGGGGGAAGCAGGGCUGGCCUAACAAGCACACCCUGCGGAUCCUCCAGGACUUCAGCAACGAGCCCAGCUCCAACGUUUCCUCCCACUCCCUGGAAAGGAUCCCGGCUCCUGGGGACAAGACGCAGGCGCUCAAGAGGCUGGAGCAUCCCGGGCAGCAGCUGCGCGGUGACAGGAAGAGACAGUUCAUGCAGGACGCGGCGGUGACCAAGAACCUGCCGGUGAAAGGUUCAAGGUUGUCUGCUCUGUAUGAGCACCCCUUAUAUAGAAGAUCUCUGCCCGCUUUGACGGAUGAGGACACGCUGUUUAACGUCAACACGGACAUCAGAUUUGACCCCAAAGCUGCAGAGGACCAGGCAUGGACUGGUGAAGGCACCAUGGAGGAGUUCAGCCCAACAGGGGAGCUCACAGCUGAUUCCUACCCCAACUGGCUCCGCUUCCACAUUGGGAUUAAUCGAUACGAGCUCUACUCCAGACACAACCCGGUCAUCGACGCUCUCCUCAAGGACCUGGUUAGCCAGCGGAUCACCAGCGUGGCAAUGAAGUCUGGAGGCACUCAGCUGAAGCUCAUCAUGACCUUCCAGAACUACGGCCAGGCACUGUUCAAACCCAUGAAGCAGACCCGGGAGCAGGAAACCCCUCCAGACUUCUUCUACUUCUCUGACUUUGAAAGACACAACGCCGAGAUUGCAGCCUUUCAUCUGGACAAGAUCCUGGACUUCCGUCGCGUCCCUCCUGUGGCCGGCAGGCUGGUCAACAUGACAAAGGAGAUCCGAGAUGUUACACGAGACAAAAAGCUCUGGAGGACCUUCUUCAUUUCACCGGCCAACAACGUGUGUUUCUACGGAGAGUGUUCGUACUACUGCUCCACUGAGCACGCUCUGUGUGGUAAACCGGACCAGAUUGAAGGAUCGCUGGCUGCCUUCCUCCCAGACCUGGCACUCGCCAAGCGGAAGACCUGGAGGAACCCGUGGAGACGCUCCUACCACAAACGCAAGAAGGCAGAAUGGGAGGUGGACCCUGACUACUGCGAGGAGGUCAAACAGACUCCACCUUAUGACAGUGGAACACGGCUGCUGGACAUCAUGGACAUGACCAUCUUUGACUUCCUCAUGGGAAACAUGGAUCGUCACCAUUAUGAAACGUUCGAAAAGUUCGGAAACGAAACCUUCAUCAUCCAUCUGGACAAUGGCAGAGGCUUUGGAAAGCACUCCCAUGAUGAGAUGUCUAUUCUGGUGCCUCUGACCCAGUGCUGCAGGGUAAGGAAGUCGACCCACUUGCGUCUGCAGCUGCUGGCUAAGGAGGAAUACAAGCUGUCCAUGCUCAUGGCAGAGUCCCUGGUGAGGGACCGCCUCAGUCCCAUCCUCAUCCAGCCACACCUGGACGCCAUGGACCGACGACUGCGCCAUGUGCUGAAAGUGCUGUCAGAAUGCGUUGAAAAGGAGGGUUACAGCUACGUGGUGGAGGACGACCUCCAGGGCCACGGGUCGGACCACGCCCACAACGGCCCAAGACGGAGGUAGCUGGCUGGGGAAGCUGGCAGCUGGACUCCCCUGGAGAAAGGAGACUGGGCUGAGCUAAUCCAGUCUUUCUCUUAAACUGAACUGGCAUCCCGUAACACAGAUGAGCUCCGUCUGUGCCGAAUUUCUCAGAGGGCUUGAUUUUUUUGCUGAACUUACAGGGAAGCCCACCUGCUCGAGGCAACAUAAGCUGUGUCGGAGGCGGAAGCCUGCUGGAUAGGAAAAACGGUGCAGUGACUUUAGCUGUACUGAUGCUCGAGACGCAGGUGAUGUUGAAUUCUCCUGGGGCUUUUGAACAGAACACGUCACCUUAGGCUCCUUAAAGUAUCCAACCCUGACAGUAGUGUAGGAUAGCAUCACCACAGCUGACCCAAACACCCACCGCAGCAACCAAACCAUUCAAGUCUUGCAAGAGACGCCUUCUUUCUGUCGGGUUCAGGACCCUUUUGUUGAAUUCAGUGAAUUCGGAGGGACUUGUAAAGAAUCUCGCCGCUCUUCACCAAGCUGAAUUAUGUGUUUCUACUUACUGUUGCAGGUGUUUUCGGUUGAACUUUCACAGUGGAGGAGGAGGAGGAGGAGGAGGUGGACUUCCUGUUAUCACAAUUAUGGUUUACUGAUUUGCUGCAAAAUGUUUUGUUGAAUAGUGUCUUUUGUGUUUUUUUUUUUUUUUUGAAAAAAACUUUAUUUCUGCUGAGCUGUUUCAGUGUCUCAUCAUCCAAGAUGGAAAUAUUUGAUUGGAGUGCAGGUUUACUCCUGGAUUUGUCCAUUAAUUUUGCCCAUAAAUGUUACAUGUCCUUGAGAGAGUAUUUAUUAAAAUUCAUAUUUAUUGUUUAAAAUGAAUGCUAAUUCGUAACACACAUUUUUUUUUUCUGUUGAAGCGAGCUGUUGAAUUUACAUCACAACGAUGCACUUCUUUAUUUGUCCAAAAGAGGGCAAACUGAGCAUGUGCAAACCCUCCUGCCAGGACAGUGCCAUUCAGUAACUCACCCCAUUACGAGCAUCAAACCUGCUUUAAAAUUGGUUUAUAGCCAUCAUGAAUCUGCACCUGUGUUUACAGCGUUUAGUCAUUUUUUUCCAACUACUGUUUUCCUUUCAGUGCAACGGUUAUGAGGUUAGAUUUAUGGUACCAAAAGCCAAAUGUGACACUAAUAGUUUUAUAUUAUUGUUUCUUUGUAAUAUAUUUGAUGUCCAGAUGUCGCUGUUGUGGAGAGAUUAUUUUUCAGGAUGUAUAUUUCAUUCAUUACCAACAGCUGAUAGCUUAACUGUUGGUGUCGAUGAUUCAGUCACUGGCUGAAAGUUAAUAUAUACAGUAGGAAAAUCUAGUGCCUGUGCAAUGAUAGAAAUACUUGAAUGUCUGGUUUCAUAGCGGAAAGGAUUAAAUUCCUCCCAGGUACGAGCUGUAGGUAAGAUACGGAGGUCUACAUAUGUGUAUGUGCUGACGUCAUCUGUUCCAUAAGGGUUUUAUUACACAGUCUAAGUUCCCAUAGUCCUGUGUCAGGGCAGUACAGUGUGUAUGGAUGUGUGGGUGGAUCCAUGGAGAACCUUAGAUGGUGUUCUUGAAGUGAAAAUGCUUCUUUUUUUUAAAUUUUAUUCGACUCAUUGUUUCUGUGGAUUUUUAUUUUUUAAAUUCUUUGCAUCAUGGUAAAAGUGCAAUAAAACAAAAUGAGCAUA